AUGUACAUAUCAACGCCACUAUACGAGUUUGAUGACCAUGUCAUUGAAAAUCCUUGUUCAAAUUUGCCUUGGACAGAGCAUCGUGACACGCUGGACAAGGACGUGGCGUAUCCCGAUCUCCGGACGUUCUCUUACAUUUGCAAAAUCAGGACUAUCCAGUCAUUCUUUAUGCAUAUGAUUGAGAAGGAUGAACUGGAGGGAAAACCUGUCCCAUUAGACCUGGAAAUCCACAUGUUAAGAGAAUUGCGAGAGUGGGAAAACGAUGAGACUAUCCGCAAACAUAGCCGCGGCUAUCAGAACCCUCUCUGGCUUCAGCAUAUCGGCCAUCUCACUCGACUCUCCUUCUGUUUCGUUAACAAAGCCAAUAUCUUCUCCACAAACGCCGACAAUGCCCUCCAAGCAAGCUGUGCGGCAUGCACCAGCUUCCGCUGCCUCCAAAAGAAGAAACAGAUCGCACAGCCAUGGCUCGCCGUGCUCUCGCAGUUUCGUGCCGCCGUCACGCUCUGGUAUAUCAUCUGGGCGCGGAUGACGCCGGUCCCCCAACAUGCGAAUGACGCGAUUCGCGACUGCAGUGCAGUCCUAGCCAUAUUUGCAGACCGAUGGCCCAAGGCGGAACAUUACCGAGACUGCUUUGAGUGGCUGGCUUCGACAAUUCCCCGCAGCCAGCCCCCGGGCCAGUUAUCAACUGAGGCUAGACAAGGCCUCGCCUCGCUUCUCGUUAAACUCGAGGAGAGCGGGAUCCAUCGCACUACAUCCAGGAUGCUACAUGAGAUAUGCGAGACUGGACCUCGGACUGAGGUGCACGCGUGA